AUGGAAGCAGCAGCAGCAGCAUCUCUUACGUGUGAGUUCCAAGAAUCACCCCAAAUUGAACGCAUUCACCGAUGUCUGCAGCUGCUGUAUGGUGAAGGAGAACGAAACUGCCUGUGGCUGACUGGUGACAGAUUCAGGUCUCUGUUGGCGCUGCUUGGACGCAACCAGCAAGGCAUUGGAUCAAGUGCUUUCAGUCGAUAUGUACACAACGUAGAGAAAGCUGACCUGCCCAAAGCAGCGAAGGACGAUAUUGAUGCCACAAUUGAUGCCGUGUAUGCAGCAAUGCAAGAAGUGAAUGGCCCUUUCUUGGAUGUUGAAGGCGUUGGUAUUUACCACCACCAGAGCCGCUUGAAUCACAGCUGUGUACCGAAUGUGGAGGUUUCCUUUGCUGCUGGUAAUCAUGUAUUGAGUAUUGUUGCCAUGCAGGACAUCAAUAUUGGCGAGGAGGUGUGCAUCAGCUAUCUGGAUGAAUGCAUGCGAGAUCGGAGUCGGCACAGCCGUCAAAAGCACCUGCGGGAGAACUACCUGUUUGCAUGCACAUGCCCACUGUGCAUUGCGCAAGAAGACCAAGAGGAUGUUACCUCUGAUGAGGGUGAGGAAGAUGAUGAAGACGAGGACGACUGUGUAUGCGAAGAAGAUAUGUGAAUAUGCCACCUUCAUGAAUUAUAAUUUCAACGUUGUCACUGGUGGAGACCUGGUACUGCGCAACAUAGCCUGAAGUAGUGUGUAUGAGCACCCUCGACGUGGUACUAGUAGUUGAGUCGCAAGUGCCAGUGCCUAGCGGAGUGCUUUGCACGUUGUAUUACCUGUGGCAUGUAAGUGCAUUGACACUGAUUCGACUGCGGGUCCAAACUCACACUGGCCUGUGCAAACUGUGCGGAAUGUAUUGUUGUCUUGACUCCUUGGCGACUAAUUGGUUUGGCCAUGGCAGCACAGAGCCACAGGGUGAUUUGCUUGUGAUAGGAGUGAGGCAGUUCUGUGCUGUGAAGGCGAAGGGAUUCCCCUAUCCUUCUUCACUGCAAGUCGUAGACAAGCACACAUACUCAGGCUUGAGACGGAUGCCCUCACCUCUCCUCCUCGUUCUCAUCGCCGCGAUUAGGGCCAGUGCUUUGGUCGAGUCACCUCCAGAAUGGCAACAUGUGUGAAAGUACAUAGACGUGGCAGGGUGCAUCAACGUACGGUGUCCUGUGGAAUGCCUUGCAGACAUACGGAGAAACAAUCCCUGCGACUUUCACGUAUAUAUCGCCAUCGCAGGCUGGAUGUGUCCCCAACAACAUAUUCUGGUUGUUUGUGUGUAUUCUUAUCUACCCUGGAACAUUAGGAUAGCCUGGGUUCUCUGAUCUUUGCUCCUGGAUCUUUCUAUAGACGUUCUUUAGAUGUUUGAUGGUUGACCCUCCAUCAUACCCUGAUUUCUUUUUCCCAUAAUUCUAUUUUUUUUAUACAGUGCUUUUGGUUUUGGUUUUGGCUUUCUUUAUGCCAGAGCGCCUUUGCAGAGAGUGCAGGUUUGGUUUACACAUACUUCGAAGUACAUGUACUAGUACAUGUACAGAAUGAUGAGGCUUGGAACCACUCAUUCCACAGAGAGGGCCAAAGAAAAUCAUCUUGCUGUGACUGGUGACUGAGUUUCAUGCACCUCCCAAUGCUGUCACAUUGACACGUAUACCGUAAAGUACUGUUGAUCCGCCCCCUGUCGAAUUUCUACUUGUACAUGUACCUGUGAAGCGACUUCGUCCAAAUACGGUGUUGAA